AUGACCGUGAAAGACGAUGACCGGGAUCGCCCACGCAGGAGUCAGAGAGAAAAGGACAGGGAACAACGUCGCCCUCGAUAUCGCUCGCCACCAUCGUUACUAGGGGAUCCCGUUGAAAAGGAAGGAAGCAGACACUCUGAUACCAGAUACGAGAGACGGACACCUAGGAUAUUCCACAGAACAAGACCAAGCGACCCCGCCACCAGAGAGAGAGAACGGAGAAGGGCUGCUACAGGAGACCACAGGUUGAACUCAUCAAAUCCAUCGAUGCCCGCCUCCGACUCGAAUUCCCGCCCCUCCUCUGCCUGCUUCCUGGAGUCAAAGCCCAGUUUACCGUAUCCGACAUUCUCCAAAGCGCACAGCAAAGAAGCGGUCGGGGUUCUGGGGAGCAGGGAAAGCCUUGGGCAACCUAAAGUGGACAUCUUGACGCCCGAACCAACUGAUCUAACUACAAGAGAUGAAGCAAGUGGCAAGGCAAGAGGAGAUGACACUAGUCCUACAGAGCAGGGGAAGGCAUCACGACGGCAUAGCACUCACCGCUCCCCACCAAGCCCCCCGUUAACGAACCUCGAUCAACAGUCAACGAGGAGGGACAGUACAAGUGGGAACAAGAGAUCAGAGGAGAAACGAAGUACAACAAAGAACCAAGAUGAAAAGAAGAAGCAUAGGCCCAAACCCAUCUCCAAGGAUUCUACCUCAAGCUUGCGGCGCCGCAAGUCAGAUGAAGGUUCGAAAACGAGCAGCAGAGGGUCAGGACCAAGUACACCGGGGAAGCUAUUGUUUGAAUCUCUGCACAAUCAGCACAACAAAUCUCCAACCAGCGGAAAUGCAUCUAAAUCAAGACCGCUCGGGAGGAGCAAUUCAGCCAAACAGUCAUCCCGCAGAAAAGUAAAGUCCUCGCCGGACCAGUCAUCAGUAACACAAGUCGAAAUUGAAGUUGUACCCUCCACUGUCGACUCAGAUGCAACAUCUAUCGCACCGAAUCAGCAAUCUACAUAUCAACGACCCUCGAUGACUGUGAGAGCUCCGCCUGAACCUCGCAGAACUCCUACGCCAAGAGGAUACUCUUCCCCGAGGAAGCAGAGCCCGCCAUCAGCACUUCACUCCCCGUCCACUGGGCUGCCCCCGCCCCCGCCUCCACCACCUAAUGUGCCCAUUACCAUCCCGAAAGUGGACUAUUUACUGAACAAUGGUGGGCUCAAAUAUCAUGUUCCUAGGAGCUUCCUCGGGGCGGGCGAGUCUGCAAACAUGCCGCAGGAUUUCUUCAAACCCGCUGCAGCUGCCUCAAAACUUUUUGAGCCAUACAAUAAGCUACUGGACGACUACGGGGCAGUUAUAUCGAAAUGCGGAUCCCUCGCCGUUGCUACAGGGUAUAGAUCGGUCGCAAGGAGGCUGUUGGACAGGUUGGAAGCCGUGUUUGCGCGAGAUAUUUCGUCUGAAUCAUGCCAGUGCGUCUUGUGUUCCCACAGCGAGGUUUCGCCAGAGGGAGUGAGCUGGGGCGAGGUUUUGGAGCUUGUUUCUGGUCGACAAGAUCUACCGCCGUGGCCUCCGUUUAACAUCGCUUCCCAACCGGGCGCCGCAGAUAUUACGGAAUCAAACAGUGACGAACCCAUGCAGAAGUUGGAUAUGGAUAUCCCAGAGGAGUUUAGGGAACACUUUGUUCGCCAGUCUAGGAAAACGAAGCAUGCUGUGGAUAAAUGGCUUUCUUGCAACAACGACCACCAAAGCGGCAGCCCGCCUGAGGAAAUUGAUGACGAGACUCUUAUGUUUGCAAUGGUAACUUAUUUGGACAAGGAGGAAAGAGAAUUAUUCAGUGCACUAUUAGAUAUCUCAAUGGGACCGCCAGAGCCAAAACGCGAAACUCCCAAACCACGAGAUCGACCAGAUGCCAUCGUUCAAUCCGGCGCUGCUAUCCAACGACUAUACAGGCUAUCUGUCCCACCCCGUGACCCUGAAACAGCGCUUUAUUUGCUGAAGAACCCAGGCAUACACCACGUUCUAGCCACACUAGCAGCCAUCAGCAGCGAUGAAUGGGACAUUCUCAUAUCAGGACGAUUCGACGGAUUCCUCCGCAGCGGGGCCGACGACGACCUUCCCCAAACUUUCUCCGCCCCUCCCAUCCGCGGGGCCAGACCCGGCUCCACCCGACCCACUUCCCAAGCAUCCAACACCAGACUCCGAAACGUCAGCCAGCCGUACGGCGGUUCUUCAUAUCCAUCCCGCACCUCCACGCCGGCGCCGGCCUCAUUUGGCGCCCCGAUCUACGUCGAUGAGGACACUGAAAUCGCCGCCCUUGCUGAAAUAGAACGAGAUAUCUACCUGGGCAUGGAAGCGCUGGAAGACGCCUUCGAAAUCCUGCAUGUCAAAGCAGAGGCGAUCCGCGGUGCUCUUCGCGAGCGUGGCGCAGGCUUGCACGUUGCCAAUCUAGCGCGGCGCGGGGGAUCAGGCGGUGUUGAGGUGCUCUCUGGCACCCCUGCGGCCGGCAUCGGGGGCUACGGGCCGAAUGGCCACGGUGGGUGGGAGAGCUCGACGGAUGACGGGAUCGACGAUGGGGUUUCGGAGAUUCUGCCGUCUGAUUCUGCAAGUAAUAUUAGCUCGAGUCGAAGGCGACGGCCGAAGAGACGGAAUGAGAGGAGGACGCCGGUUGUUUUUGAAGAGGAGGAGGAAGAUGAUGAUAACGAGAUUGUUGCGACGCAUGAUUAUAGGACGAGGAAGAAACAUUAG